GGCAUUCUCUUUGUCCUGGAAGAGGCUAACGGGGACCCCUCUUUCUUGCCAAAUGAAACAGUGGGACUCCAGCUCUAUGACUCCUGUAUCUCUAGAGCCAAGGCUCUGGGGAGCACUCUCGCCCUCCUGUCUGGACAGCUCCUCCCAAUACCCAACUUUGAUUGCCGUCCCAAGCGCCAACUCCUGGGAAUCAUAGGGGGGAUGACUUCCCCUGAGUCAGAACCUAUGGCUGAGCUGCUUUCUGUCUACAAAAUCCCUCAGAUAAGUCAUGGAUCUCAACAUCCCCAAUUUUCUGACCACCACCGGUUCCCCUCCUUCCUUCGCACAGUCCCCAGCAGAGUCCACCAACCUCAGGCCAUGGCUAAAAUACUUCUCUACUUCAACUGGACCUGGGUGGGCCUGGUGGGCUCGGAUAGCGGUGCCUUUGAGUGGCUGGACCAGGAAUUCCGGAAGGAGGUUGGAAAGAAUGGCGGCUGCGUGAGCUUCUCGAAGAGGAUCGAUGGCCACGUCAAUAAUGUGGGUGAUGUGGCUGAUGCCAUCAAGACUUCCUCUGCCAAAGUGAUUGUCUGUGAUUGUUACCACAUCCACUUUAUCAGCCUAGCCAAGGCCCUUCAGGAGAAGAAUGUCACCAACAGGAUAUGGAUUUUGUCCACCUCCUUCCUUCUGAAUCCCUUAAUAUUGAGCAGAGAAGCCAGAAUGAUGCUAAAUGGGAGCCUGUCUCUGGGGAUACACUCUGGACCAAUACCCGGCUUCAAGCACUUCCUGUCCACUCUGCAGCCAGCCACGUACCCAGACAACCACCUGGUAAAGUUGUUUUGGCAAGAGCUGUUGGGUUGCACCUGGCCUGGGCCAAAGCCUGCAGGCCCUCCAACGGCACAAGUUGCCCCAAAUUGCACAGGACUAGAACAGCUGACACCCGCCCAUCUGUCUAUAUUAAAACUGGAUGAUUUGCCUGCUACAUACCAGGUCUAUCUAGCAACCAAGGCCUUCCUGGUGGCCUAUCAGAACCUGAGAGCCAACUCUGGGGAGGGUCCACUUCCGGGUGGUACCCAUGUCAAGGCAAGAGAUACCAGACCAUGGCAGGUCCUGCAGUAUUUAAAAAAUGUCCACUUCACUUCCCAAGCUCAGGAAGAGAGCUUCUUUACUCAGGAUGGAGAGGUCCCGGCAGUGUUCGACAUCACAAACGUACACAUUGCUCCUGACCACACCUGGCAAACGGCCAAAGUGGGACACUUGGACUUCAGGGGGCCUCUGGGGAAAGAGCUAGUGAUGAACAGCAGUGCUAUCAUCUGGGCAGAGGGCACUGGAAAGGUCCCUCUCUCGGUCUGCAGUGAGAAAUGUCCUCUCGGAACCUGGAAAUCAAAUAUCCAGGGAAAGCUAAGCUGUUGCUUUGAGUGCCUUCCCUGUUCCCAGGGAGCAAUUACCAACAUGCUAGACAGGGCCAGUUGCCUGAAGUGCCCAGAGGACCAAUGGCCAAACAAUGAGAAGGAUCAGUGCAUCCCCAAGAUUCUUGAUUUCCUCUCCUACACGGAGCCCCUGGGCAUGGCUUUAGCUUUCUGUACAACCUUUCUCUUCCUCCUUUCCCUGACCAUCCUCGGCACCUUCAUAUGGCAUCACCACACUCCCAUAGUCAGAGCCAACAACCGCAGGCUAAGUUACAUCCUUCUCUGUUCCCUGGCGCUAUGCUUCCUCUGCCCAUUCAUGUUCAUUGGCCACCCAGUACCCCUGACCUGUGCCCUACGCCAGGCAGCCUUUGGGAUUUUCUUCACAGUCUGUGUGUGUGCCACUCUGGCCAAGACCAUCAUUGUUGUGUCUGCCUUCAGGGCCACCAGACCAGAUGCCAGACUCGGGAAGUGGGCAAGACCAAGUCUCCCUAGUGCCAUCCUCAUUGGCUUCUCCUUGGUCCAAGUUGUUCUUUGUAUGUUCUGGGUCAUUGGCUGGCCUCCGGUGCCCGUGAACUCAACAGAAGCAGGACCCACAGUCACCAUGCUGUGUGGUGCAGGCUCCUCAGAGUUUUUCUAUACCAUGCUGGGCUACUUGGGCUUCCUGGCCCUGGUCAGUCUGGUGGUGGCCUUCCUGGCCCGUCGAUUGCCUGACACUUUCAACGAAGCCAAGCACAUCACCCUCAGCAUGUUGGUCUUCUCCUGUGUUUGGAUCUCCUUCAUCCCAGCCCACCUGAGUGCUCAGGGCAAGGACACUGUGGCUGUGGAGAUCUUUGCUAUUUUAGCAUCUGGGGCAGGCCUGAUGUGCUGUUUGUUCUUCCCUAAGUGCUACAUCAUCCUGCUACGGCCUGAGAAGAACACAAAGGACCAAAUGAGGGGCAAGCAGCAUUUCCAGCCAUGA